UAAUCAAAGAUGCCAGAAACAUGUGGAGACUCCGAGAGGCAAGAUUACUGGGGCUGAAUGUGAUGGAUCUAGUGAUGUCAAAUCAGGAGAGGCAAAACCACAGAGCAGCCAGUAUAUAACAGACCGCGGUGCGGAGAAGCAGGGAUGAUGUCAAACCCCCAGGGCACGACAAGGAGACCGCCAACUAGCCCCCUGGUGGAAAACACAGGGGAAUGGAGAGGAUCAGAAUGCGCUGACAUAGAAACGAUCUGGGCGUCAAGUUCUGCUGAAAGAAAAUAUAGCUGGAACAAUUCUUGGCGCAAGAGAUUCAGAGCAGCCAUGCCUGACGCGGACACUAGUGCACUGGAUGAGAAGCAGGUUCAGCGGCUCUCAGAGAUGUGUAUACUGAUCGAUGAGAAUGACAAGAGGAUUGGAGCCGACACCAAGAAAAACUGUCACCUGAAUGAGAACAUCAAUAAAGGAAUGCUGCACAGAGCCUUCAGUCUGUUCUUGUUUAAUACAGAAAAUAAACUCUUGUUACAGCAAAGAUCAGACGCUAAAAUCACCUUCCCAGGUUAUUACUCAGACACAUGCUGCGGCCACCCACUCAACAUCCCCAUGGAAACUGAGGAAGAAAAGGCUACAGGAGUGCGAAGAGCGGCUCAGAGAAGGUUAAAUGCUGAACUAGGAGUCCCACUGGAGCAGGUAAAACCCGAUGAAUUUCUCAAUCUAACCAGGAUUCACUACAAAGCUCGGUCAGACGCCAUCUGGGGAGAACAUGAAAUAGCUAAUGUCCUGUUAUUACAAAAAGAUGUAUCAGUCAAUCCUAAUCCCAAUGAGGUCAAAAACCACUUCUACAUUUCCAAAGAAGAGCUGACACAUUUAUUGGAAAGGGCCGAGCGGGGAGAAGUGAAGAUUACCCCUUGGUUUCAGCGCAUUGCAGAAAAUUUUCUAUUCAAAUGGUGGGACAACCUGGAGAAUAUAAAAUCCUUUGAGGAUCAUAAAAUCCACCGAUUGUAAAGGGAAGAAUAAACAGAAUUGAGUGUGAAUUGCAUUUCUGCAUUAAAAUUUAAAAGUUUUCAUCAGUAAAAUAUCCUUUUCCUGACAAACUUGUCCCUCACAAAAAGAAACGUGGUCUCAUACAUGAAAACGUUUUCUGGGGCAUAAACAAACACAAUUCACUGUUUCAAGGUUCAGAUGAUUUUACAUUUCAAUGAUUUUAACAUUAUGAAAACCUUGUAUUGUCUUUCACACAGCUGAAUUCUUUGCCCCACUUUUUAAAACAUGCAGAUCUAUUUCUAUGCAUAUUUUAGAUAGCAUGGGCCAAAAUUUGCAAGAUUGAACAUUGUUCACAGAAAUUCACUACAGCUGAUCGAUGAGUUUCAACCAAGCAGAUUCCUCAUUUUUGAUUAGGAGAAAUAAAGUUUUAUCAAUUAAUUGGUUUUCAGAGUACAUUCUUCUGACUUUUUAUUUAUAUUCCUGUGAGUAAUGCUCUCCUAAAUUAUUUGGAGAUUUAUCAAAACCUGUGCAGAGGAAAAGUUGACCAGUUGCCCUUAGCAACCAAUCAGAUCGCUUCUUUCAUUUUUAAAAAGGCCUAUAAAGAAUAAAAGAAAAUAUUUGUCUGGUUGCUAUGGUCAACUGGUCAAAUUUUCUUUGGCAGAGAUUCUGCUAAAUUUCCCCAAUGAGAUGAUGUGAUUAUUACUUACUUCUCUCACCUAUAUAAUGUUUUUUUUAAUCCCUGAUUAUGCAAAUAACACUGUUGUUAAAAGGGGUUGUUCAGGUUUUAGAAUAAUAAUAAAAAU